GGAGAGCAAAAAGCGAUACCUUCCAUCACGAGAAGCUUAUUUCGCGUGUCUUCGUCGAGCAGAGCAGACGUCUUUCUGUCCUCAGGAGAAGCCCCUGUCAGCAGCAGCAGCUAUCCAACCACCCCUUUGAAGAGAGCACAGAGCGUGUGUGUGGUGUGUGAAGUUUUAAAGUAUAGUAAAGGUCCGUUGUGAAAAAUUCGUUCCGUGUUCCCCGAAUUGAGGUGAACGCGUGCUACCCAGUGUUCGGUUGCGUACUCAAAGUUCCCAUAAAACUUCACCCCUCAAAAUGAGAGAAAUCGUGCACAUUCAGGCCGGCCAGUGCGGUAACCAGAUUGGAGCUAAGUUCUGGGAAAUUAUCUCCGAUGAGCACGGUAUUGAUGCGACCGGUGGAUACCAUGGCGAUUCAGAUCUGCAGCUAGAGCGCAUCAACGUGUACUACAAUGAGGCCUCCGGUGGCAAGUACGUGCCCCGCGCCGUCCUGGUCGAUCUGGAACCGGGCACCAUGGAUUCGGUCCGCUCGGGCCCAUUCGGACAGAUCUUCCGCCCGGACAACUUCGUGUUCGGACAGUCGGGCGCCGGUAACAACUGGGCCAAGGGUCACUACACCGAGGGUGCCGAACUGGUCGACUCCGUGCUGGAUGUGGUGCGCAAAGAGGCGGAAUCGUGCGACUGUCUGCAGGGUUUCCAGCUGACGCACUCGCUCGGUGGCGGUACCGGUUCCGGCAUGGGCACGCUGCUGAUCUCGAAAAUCCGUGAGGAGUACCCGGACCGCAUCAUGAACACAUACUCCGUCGUCCCCUCGCCAAAGGUAUCUGACACCGUGGUCGAACCGUACAACGCUACCCUCUCCGUGCAUCAGCUGGUCGAAAACACCGACGAGACGUACUGUAUCGACAAUGAAGCUCUCUACGACAUCUGCUUCCGCACGCUGAAGCUGACCACGCCGACAUACGGCGAUCUGAACCAUCUCGUCUCGCUGACCAUGUCCGGCGUCACCACCUGCCUGCGGUUCCCGGGUCAGCUGAACGCUGAUCUGCGCAAGCUGGCCGUCAACAUGGUGCCGUUCCCGCGUCUUCACUUCUUCAUGCCCGGCUUCGCCCCGCUGACGUCCCGCGGCUCGCAACAGUACCGCGCCCUGACCGUGCCGGAGCUGACGCAACAGAUGUUCGAUGCCAAGAACAUGAUGGCGGCCUGCGAUCCACGGCACGGCCGUUACCUGACGGUGGCCGCCGUCUUCCGCGGGCGCAUGUCGAUGAAGGAGGUCGACGAGCAGAUGCUGAACAUCCAGAACAAGAACAGCAGCUACUUCGUCGAGUGGAUCCCGAACAACGUCAAGACGGCCGUCUGUGAUAUUCCGCCGCGAGGGCUGAAGAUGUCGGCCACCUUCAUCGGCAACUCGACCGCCAUCCAGGAGCUGUUCAAGCGCAUCUCGGAACAGUUCACCGCUAUGUUCCGCCGCAAGGCUUUCUUGCAUUGGUACACGGGCGAGGGCAUGGACGAGAUGGAGUUCACCGAGGCGGAGAGCAACAUGAACGAUCUGGUGUCGGAGUACCAGCAGUACCAGGAGGCGACCGCCGACGAGGACGCCGAGUUCGACGAAGAGCAGGAGGCUGAGGUUGACGAGAACUAAGGCUGCGGUUCUCGCUGAAAAACAACAACCACACACCACCCUCCCUCCUACUCAUCAUUCCCCGCUUCCUCUUCUAUCACCGACAUCUCAACGAAUGCGCAAAUUCCUCCCCCCCCCCCCCUUGUCUAUCUGUCCGUCAUUGUCGUUUCGUGCCCCCCCCCCCCCUACACUUCCCGGUGCCUCAUUCGAAAGCUUAGAGCUUCAGUAACUGCAGCAGCAGCAAUCAUCAAAAGCAGAGAGGACAGGAAAGUUGCAUUUUUUUCACUCAAUCUCUCAGUGUUUCGUUGUCAAACUGGCAAUGUGCUCUGUUUCCGCGCCAAUCUUGAGAAGAUUCAUCCCCCAACUCCAUACACGCAUUCACCACCAAGUCUCAUAAAAACGAACACACACGCGCACACGCACACAUCUAAAGACCAACAAAAUGCGCGCCACAACAGCAAGCAACACUCUCAACAUGUGUGUACCAACUUUGCUCUACGGUACACAAGAACACAGACACACACAGGGAGAGGAUGAUCGAUUUUCGAGCAAACGUAAGAUCCUUUCGAGGGGAAGAAAAUCGAUCAAGCGAACAUCUCAGUUCAGGGAUAGCCACACACCACCCCACACCCGACUGCGCAAAACACCAUCAUCACCAUCCGCUUGCACACGAUCCCCCCCCCCCCCCGGUUCACGUCGUGAGAGUGUGCGUGCUACAAGCGUGGGAUAGCUCGAGAUGCAAUCAGCAGAAGAAAAGAUCGUUAGUAGCAAGCAAAUCAGGGGCCGCUAAGGGAGCACGCGCGUGUGUGUGUGUGGUAGACAAGAGGUAAUUGUAUUUAUUAUAAAGAUCGUAUUGCAUUCAGGGCCGAAUCCUUAAAGGAGAGCGCGAAGGUUAUGUCCUAGGUUUUUAAGGCAGAGAGAGAGAGAGGGAUGUAGAUUCUCGGUACGUUUUUCUCCUUAACUUGUUUUGCCACGCACACACACCCAACCGAACACAGGAGGUAGGCAUCGUGUCGUCCCCUUUGGUGUGUGUCCCAAGGAGAGGAGCUCAGUAUUCUUUAUGCCACCAACAAUAUCAUCUCCCCUGUGAAAGUGCAUCCCACGUGCGUGCAUGCACAUACACACACACACACACUGCCAACAGGAAGACACCGGGGGGUGGUCCGGGUGUGAGCGCUAUCCACUCUAGAGACAGACGUGUUAGAGGAGAGAGAGAAAAUCCAGUGUGUGUAGUGUGUGCGUGCGUGUAUAAUACACACGUUUUGAACCUAUUCGCGCCUGCCCCAACCCAACCCACACGGGAAAUCGUCAUCACCAACAACGCGCGCACGCUUACGUGAACAACAAAACACUGCCGCUCGUGUGUGUGUCUGCUGUGUGGUGUAUGUGUUACGGUUUAAAACUGUUUACUGUUUCAUUCCAGAAUUGUAUUUUUAUCCUUCCGUUUACUAUACUGAAAAGUUAGUGCGUCCGCGUGGUUUUCUUUUUUUUUACAUGUACCAGUAAUAUGUUUUAUUGCGUUUCCUCCUGUUGUGUAUGUACGUACGUGCGCGUGUGGUGGGUUGGUGUUGGGAGGGUUUGAAAUGAUGUUACGAGCGCGCGUUAAGCAAAGAGCAGUUGUGGAAGAAAAUAAUACCUCUCCUCUAAUAAUUACCAUUCACACACACACACAAAACGAACAAGAAAAAAGAGAAAAAACAAAACUAAACCUGUGUUUGAUUAUUCGUACCGGUUUCUGCGCCCUUUCUGAGGCUUGGGGAAAAAACUGGAAAAACUAUCCGAAGGGUGUGGGCGAACAUUGCUCGUGUGGGUCCUCCCUUGUUGAGCUGUCGAGAAGUGUUGGAUAUGAGGCAAACGGGGAGGAAAGUCCUCUCUAGAGAAACGAAAUGCUUUAUUUAAAAUUGGCAACAAAAUCACCCCAACAACGUUAUUACCUCCAUAGGGAAGCCAAGGAUAUAUUGGAAACGCCAUGAGUGACAAAAAGGAAGGCAAAAAAGCGCCGUCAGGAAAGAGCAGAAGUAUCAUAAUAAGUCUUUCCGCUUACGUGUAACACCUAAUUAGAGAAAGUGCUUUUGAAGAUCAAGGUGCAAAGAAGAGCGUGCGCGCGAGUAUGUAGCAAAACUCCGUACAAUCCCCCCUCCUGACAUUGGCUAAGAAAGUUAAAAAUCGCUUGUGCGAAUAUUUAUCUGGCAAAAAAUGAAAGUAUGCCUUUAUUUAACAAAUUA